GUUAUCACAUCAAGCACUUACCUUGAAUAGAUGCACACGAACAAAUGGAGUACAACUAAAAAAGAUCAUACAACCUUUAUGCUUCCAAGUACUUUUCACUAGUUUAAAAACCAACGGUUCGAAUUCAUUAGCAACUACAAAUUGAAAAAAGAAUCGUAUACCAUGUUAUGAUCUAAAACAGAUCUCCCACUCCUGAAUUCAGUUUCCAAUCUGUAUAUAUAUACACACACAUACAUAUAUAUGUUUACAAGAACUCAAAUCAUACUCAAGAAACAAGAACCAUGGGAGCUCAGAUCUCCUCAAAACAAAGAUCAGACGAUGGAAAAGUAAUUUCGGUUCAUUCUUUAGAUAACUGGAAUACACAAUUUCAAAGCUCUAGAACAUCCAACAAACUGAUGGUGAUUGAUUUCUCAGCAGCCUGGUGUGGCCCUUGCAAGUUUAUCGAACCUGCUGUUCAUGAUUUAGCAGUUGAGUUUUCAGACGUGGAGUUUAUCAAGAUCGAUGUCGAUGAGUUACCUGAUGUCGCUAAGGAUUUUGAAGUACAGGCGAUGCCUACGUUUGUAUUGGUGAAGAAAGGGAAAGAACGUGAAAGGAUUGUUGGGGUUAAGAAAGAUGAACUUCAGAGGAUGAUUGAGAAACACAGGUUUUGAAAUCGAUACAUGUGUUAAUGAUAUACAACAAAUCACGAUUGUGCUAUUUUAAUGUUUGAAUAAAGUUUUUAAGUACUUCCAUUCUUGAGUCGUGAUUUCUCUAGACAACAUAUUGUGUGACUAUUAAUAAAAGUAUUUGAGUGUUGAUUAAUAUGUGUAUAAGAUGAUUUUUUGGUAAUAAGAAACUAAUCGUUACUGUUGUUGUGUAUGGAAUAUGUGUAUGAAUUAUCGAGAAGACAUUAAUCAAGCAUGAUUACAC